AUGGGCUCCCCAAUAUCCGGUCUACUCGCCGAACUAGUGCUACAGCGACUAGAACAUGAGGUUUUUCAAACCCUCAACCCCAAAAUGUGGCUCCGCUAUGUAGACGACACCUUUGUCGUAAUAAAGAACCGCGACGUCGAAAGGCUACAUCAGAGGCUGAAUGAAGUCUUUCCGGCCAUACAAUUUACCCGCGAAGAGGCAGUAGGAGACAGUCUGUCGUUUCUGGACGUGAAAAUACAAAGGCUGGAUGACGGUAACCUCGCAACCAGCGUCCAUAGAAAAGGGUCUGAUUCUGAGAUCAUCCUCAAUUAUGGAAGCAAUCACCCUGCGGCUCACAAAAGAAGCUGCGUCCGAACCCUCUUCCACCGGGCCUACCGGUAUUGCAACAAUGAAGAUCUGCUGAAGAAAGAACUAGGCUUUCUAUAUCGGCUAUUUCGAUCUAACGGAUACCCAGUCAGUUUCGUGAAGAACUGCCUCCGACGUCAGGCACAACCUCGAGACCCCUCCUCAGAUGGAGAAACCGUGACGCGGAAAUUCUUCUCCCUGCCCUAUAGGCAGGGGACCUCAGAAAUGAUCGCCCGUCAGUUAAGUCAGUUCGGUAUUCGCGUUUCCCACAAGCCUGCAUCCUCGCUGCGCACAGUCUUAACUCGAGUAAAGGAUUCUAUCCCCAAAGAGGAACAGACUAACGUCAUUUAUCGCAUCCCGUGUGCCAAUUGUCCCUGCGUACAUGUUGGUCAUACAGGACGACGCUUGGGAACUCGUAUUAAUGAACACAAACUAGCUGUCCGUCGCCGUGAUCCACUAUCCCUCGUCUUUGCACACGCACUCCAGUGCGACCACCGUUUUAAUUGGGAUAACACCGAGGUCAUCGCCACGGCCAACACAAAACGAGCGAGAGAAUUCCUAGAGGCAUGGCACUCUAAAGCGGAUAGCAUCAACCGCCAUGUUGACCUAGACGUCCAUUAUGAGGGCCUAAGAUCACGCCUCACUAAGCCGAGCCCCACGCCGCAUCAGCAGCCGCUAAUCCAGGCGCCCGCAGUUCUGCCAACCUACCAUUCUCCCGCCCCUCCAACACGGGAGCCGUAA